AAAAAGAAGAAGCCGUUCUAGUUGCACAGAGGCAGACAGUGCCGUUGGCGACAAUGGAUCAGAAGAUUCCUUAUGAUGACUAUCAACUCCCAGUGGUCUUCUUGCCCUCUUAUGAGAACCCUCCAGCAUGGAUACCUCCUCAAGAGAGGAUUCGCCACCCUGAUUACAACAAUGAGCUGACCCAGUUCCUCCCACGCACAGUGGUCUUGAAGAAACCUCCGGGAGCACAGCUUGGCUUCAACAUUCGCGGUGGCAAGGCUUCGCAGCUGGGAAUCUUCAUAUCCAAGGUGGUUCCGGACUCUGACGCUCACCGUGCAGGACUACAGGAAGGAGACCAAGUUCUUUCCGUCAACGAGGUGGACUUCCAAGACAUCGAACAUUCCAGAGAACUGAAUCGUCGGAAUAGUCCAAAUCCAAACAAUGCCCACUUCUACGAUUUGAUGAGUCGUCAAUGUCAUCAAUUGAUGCUACGUAUGAAAGGCUGUGGAUAUUCUAAAGACUGCACGGGAAAUCCUGAUGAGGGUCCGCUUUUUCCCUUACAACUACCAGAGGCAGAAGGAGAGGACUGUCCACUAGGGGGUGUCAGAGACAGAAAAAAGGUCAUUGUCACUUCGUUGAGCCUCUCCCAAACACACAACCCACUCUUAUGAUUUUCUCCUGACUUCUGUGGAGAAUUUAAUGGAGCGCAUUUGCAUAUCGAUAGUCACGCCAAUGUAUGAAGUCAAAGAGUGGCAUUUGAAUGAGGCAACGUCAAUGCGGUUUGCAGGUUCAGACGAGCUUAUAUGCUGGGAAAUAACCAAGCCACGUCGACAUGCACAUGCGUGAGAUGUAAACAUCAAGGCCACACUCGCCAAAUACGAAAAGACCGCGGUAGCUUUCUGUGGAAAUGAACUAAUCGACGAAUGAACGUAAACGUCAAGGCCACCACGCACACCUAAUAUGAAAAGACGGCGGUAGCUUUCUGCGAGAGUUAACUCAUCGACCAAGUCGAGCACGUUCUUUGCUCUUCUACAUGCAAGUUUCAAGCUCGUGUGAAUGAACGGUUGUCCCUAUGCUACUGAAUGAAUACCUUUUCAGUCUUCUUGCUGUGCCACCAGUUCUUUCCGGUCUUUUUCCUUUUCUUUGAUUUUUUUUUUUUUCUCUCAUCGUGGUCCUCUCGAAAAAUAAAUAGUCAAAGUCUAA